AUGAUAAUUCCUUUAGCGGAGCUACAAAAGGCCACCAACAAUUUUGAUCAAGCUCGUAGGCUCGGUGAAGGAGGGCAUGGCACUGUUUACAAGGGGAUUUUGUCUCACUUGCAUGUCGUGGCCAUCAAGAAGUCAAAUAUCGUGGUCAAGAGAGAAAUCGAUGAGUUUAUAAAUGAGGUUGCCAUACUAUCACAAAUCAACCAUAGGAAUAUUAUAAAGCUCCAUGGUUGUUGCCUCGAGACAGAAGUCCCUUUACUUGCCUAUGAGUUUAUCUCCAAUGGAACCCUCAGCGACCAUCUUCACACAGGAGCACCAGGAUCACUAUCUUGGGAAGAUAGGUUAAGGAUCACAAGUGAAAUAGGAAAAGCUCUUGCUUACCUUCAUUCUUCUGUAACUGUGCCUAUUAUACAUAGAGAUAUCAAGCCUUCCAACAUACUUCUUGAUGAUGCCUUGAUAGCAAAAGUGUCUGAUUUUGGAGCUUCGAGGUACAUUCCCAUGGAUCAAACAGGGUUAACAACAAUAACUGCAGUGCAAGGAACUAUAGGGUACUUAGACCCUAUGUACUAUUACACGGGACGCCUAACGGAAAGUAGUGAUGUCUAUAGCUUUGGAGUCCUUCUUGUUGAGUUGCUUACUAGGAAGAAUCCAUCUUCCUAUAGAUCAUCUGAAGGUGAUGGCCUUGUCAUGCAGUUUGUUGAACUACUUGCCGAAGGCAAUCUGGCCAAGAUACUAGAUCCACAAGUUUUAGUGGAGGCAGGUAACGAAGUGGAAGAAGUAGCUACUCUUGCUGUGUCAUGCAUGAAACUGAGAGCAGAGGAGCGGCCAACCAUGAGGCAAGUAAAGAUGGCACUGGAAGCUCUCCAAGCACCCAAGGAGCGUGACAUGGGUGAUCUGCCAAUAGAAAAAGAUGACAGGAAAUACGUGGCAGUGGGUUAUGCAUCUACCAUCAGAGGAACAAACCUGCAGGAAGCGAGCAGGCGUCAUAGCCUAGAAGAAGAGUUUAUUUUGUCUGCGAGGUACCCUCGGUAG